GUCACAAUUCUAUCUACAGAGUCUCUGUUUCGCUUGUCACAAAGUAACCGUUAUAGUUUAUCAGGCGAUAAAGAGGCGAAGAUGUUUAAUGUCUAGAGCAGUGAGUAUCUUCUCGUUCUGUCAGGCGCCGCGCGGAGACACCUAAAACAGCGCCGCGGGUGCGCGCGAGCUCUUCCGCGUUGGCGAGCGUCCACGCGAAACAACCGUAGGCAGCGAUUAUCGGUUUAUAGGCGAACACGCGCUGCACGGCUGACGGCAUGUCACUGCUGGACUCUGACGACAGCUACGAUUUAGUCUUCAAAAUCGUUCUUGUUGGAGAUGUCGGUGUCGGCAAAACGUGUGUGGUGCAGCGCUUCAAGAGCGGUAUAUUCAUCGAGAAACAGGGGAACACGAUCGGUGUGGAUUUCACCAUGAAGACGCUGGAGAUCCACGGGAAGAGGGUUAAGUUACAGAUUUGGGAUACAGCUGGACAGGAGCGGUUUCGCACGAUCACACAGAGUUACUACCGCAGCGCCAAUGGUGCCAUCAUCACUUACGACAUCACAAAGAGAGCCUCUUUCAUGUCUGUGCCCAAGUGGAUGGAGGAUGUGAAGAAAUAUGGCGGUUCCAACAUUGUUCCUCUGUUAAUUGGUAAUAAAUCAGACUUGACCGACUUGCGUGAAGUUUCAUUUGAAGAUGCACAGACCGUGGCUCAUCAGCUGGAUUUUGUCAGUGCCAUCGAGACUUCAGCCAAGGACUCCAGCAAUGUGGAAGAGGCAUUUAACCAAAUGGCCAGUGAGCUCAUUCUCAGACAUGGCGGGCCCAUGUUCACUGAAAAUGUAACAGACAGCUUUAAACUCAGCAGCAAGGAUGUGACCAACGAGGGCUGGGGAUGUGGGUGUUGAUGACUGUUCAGAAGGCAAUAAAGAGCUUUGGUUCUCAC